AUGCACUCCUACGGCCUAUGCUUGCAGCAAGCAUACCAGACACAGCAGUACACUGAGGAGAUCUUGAUUUUCAUAAGGAAGCAUCCAGGCGUUCUUCUGAAAGACACGUUUAGUCCAUCUGAUACUCGGGAAGAUGACCUGGCAGGCACUUCUACCCCAGCAGCUGCUCAACCCCACUUGAAGCAAGCUAGGAUCACACCAGCGUUCAAUGUGUCACAGGAACGUGUAAACAAGCUGGUAUUAAAUUUUGUGGUUGAUGAUGUGCAGUGCUUUUCAGUGGUGGAGCAGCCAUCAUUCCGCAAGCUGGUUCAAGGUCUCAGUGGUGGAAUAAAAACAAUGUGUCGAAAGACUUUAAUGCAGCGGAUUGAUGAAGAGUUUUCCAUAAUGAAGCAAUCUGUUAUGUCUAAACUCAUUGAUGUGGAGAGUGUCUGCACCACAGCAGACAUCUGGUCAGCCCAAAACUGUAGCUACUUUGGAGUUACAUGUCAAUGGAUAGACAAACACACAUUAGAGAGGUGUUCUGCUGCUUUGGCCUGCACCCGCCUUAAAGGUCGACACACAUAUGACGCAGUUGCAUCUAAACUGAACGAAAUCCAUGCAGAAUACAAAAUUCAGACCAAAGUCCGAUCCACUGUCACUGACAAUGGCAGUAAUUUUGUAAAGGCGUUUUAUGGUGUUAGUGAGGAGGAAGAUGAUGGUGGUCUACCUAUCAGAGACCCAGAAGAUUCUGCUCAGGUGAAAGAGUCACCACUUCUAGAUAAACCAUGGAGGGAACUACAUUGGAGUGAAAAACACCAGGAUCUUCAAUAUAUUCAAGAAUACAAACCUGAAAAAGAUGACAUCAGGUACCUUCGAGUGCUUCUUUAUGGACCCGUUGGCGCUGGGAAGUCCAGUUUCAUCAACUCUGUCAGUAACGUCAUUCGAGGUCGAAUGACAAUUCCUGCUUUGGCCAGUGCAACCACAUCUGACAAAAGUUUCACCAAAAGGUAUGAAACUCAUAAAUUCAAUAGAGGACGAGGAAGCUCGAAGACAUUUUACCCUUUGGUCUUCAGCGACAUCAUGGGUCUGGAAGAAGGGGAAAUACAAGGAGUUCAUGCAAGUGACAUUAAGCUGGCUUUGGAAGGACAUGUAAAGGAAGGCCACAAGUUCAACCCAGUAGGUCCUCUAUCUGAAGAUGACCCAGGCUACAACCCGACACCCUCUGCUGAUGACAGAGUUCAUGUCUUGGUCUGCGUGAUGUCUGCCAACGCUGCACAGAUUAAAAAGUCAGUUCUAGAAAAAAUGAAGAGUGUCAGAGAAACAGCCAGUGAUCUGGGAAAUCCUCAAAUGGCCAUAAUGACACGCAUUGAUGAAGCCUGCGAAGAAACUGAAAAAAACUUGAGAAAUGUGUACAAAAGCAAGCACCUAAAGAAAAAGAUGAAAGAUUUCAGUGCAGCAGUGGGAAUCCCAAUGAACUGUAUCUUUCCUGUGAAGAACUACAGUGCCGAAAUCAACAUGAACGAUGAUAUUGAUACUUUGAUUCUGAGUGCCCUGAGGAAAAUGAUCGACUUUGGAGAUGACUUCAUUGAAAAGAAUUAAAAUGGGCUUCAGAAGACACAUUGUGUCUGCUUUACUCUUGCUACUAUUUUUCAGAAGAAGCUGCAGCUAGCUAGCUUCCUUAUGUUUCUGAGUACCGGUAGUCGUCAUAUUCUGCACUUCCAGUUAGCUGGGUGCCUAUGUACAGAAAAAUUUACUCCAUUUUUAUUCCAUUUUAUUUAUUUAUUUGGAGAGAAAUUGCUGUUUCAUAAAGUUUUCUUUCUGCUUAGCCAGGUAGCAGCAGGUAUGGUUGGAGGUGCAGCAGCCAGAACACGACAAGAGGCUACUGUAUAUAUAUUAUAUACAGUAGCCUCUCUAUUAUAUACAGUUAAUUAUAUGUAUAAUUCUCUUCUUGUUAAUAUUAGCUAAUCUUGCGAAAUUCUGUGUUUUAUUGAGGAUUGCAUUCUCUUUAUUAACCUCUGUAUAUCCACAUUUUAAUGCAUCAUCAUUCCCUUCCUCAAGUCAUCCCAUUGGAAAUGGAAGAUUACAUACGGGCAGUGGAAAUGCUCCACCUGUCCGAUCACCUAGAUCGAGAAUAGAAGGAAGAGCUGAGGGAACCAUUGUUGUUCCUUUUUACCUUAGAUAAGGAUUAUGAGGGAUUUUGCCAAGAAAUUAUGGAUGUUAAGCAAAUACAGAUCUAUUCUGUCUUUGAACUUGAACCCCUACAAAUAUUCUGUCAUGGUCUGUCUUUUGUUCCCUCUGUGUAUGGGAGAAUUAUCCUGCCAUAAUGCAAGAGCACAUAAUUUUAAUUUGAAAA